AUGGCGGCCUUUAUGGGCGUUCGUGCGGCUCGUAUGAGGGUGAAGGAGGAGGAUAGCGACAGCGUGGAGAGGAAGCUUCCUCCUGACUCAGAGAUCAAGGCCUCCGUCGAGGUCCUGCGCCAGGUCGUCAGCAAGGUCGGGGUGACAUGGCAGAGAAGGAAGAUCCACGUCACAGACUCAGAAAUCUUACUCUCCAAGGUCCAUGGGAGCACUGUGCUCGAUCAGAUCCCGCUGGCAGAGGUGAAGAGCAUACGUCGACAGGAGACCUUUGGGACCAAAGACAGCAACACUUUGUUGCGAAAGUCUUCGCUAACUUCCCUAGGCUCAUUCGCUUUCUCCAUGAAAGAGAGAGACUUAAGCACAGCAAACAUCUUAGACGAUGACGCUGAGGGUUUGCUCACUUUCAGCAUCCACACGAUCGAAGACGGAUUCAACUAUGGCCGCAUAACAUUCCUCGGGGUGAAGGACGAAGAUCAGUACACGGAGUUGACGAAUUUGCUGGAGGAGAUGAGCAUCGUGGGAGGGAUAAUCUUCGCUUCUUACAUUACGGCUCUCGUCAAUGCUCAGAUUCUCCCAGAGCCAGGCUCACAUCGAGACAAGGUCUUCACGGCGCUCGAGUGGUUCUACAACUUCUCCUUCACGCUGGACUUGCUGAUGAAUCUCUAUGGACAUUAUUCGGUAGAUUUCUUCAAAGACGGAUGGAACUUGUUAGAUCUGGUCGUCGUCGUCCUCUCUCUCGUCUCCCAGUUCGUGGAAGGUCUGUUCGCUAUGAGCAUCUUAAGGUUAGCUCGAGUGUUCAAGAUGGUCCGCCUCUUCCGCAAGCUCGCAUCCUUGAGAAUCCUCAUUAACGCUCUCGUAGCGUCUGUACUACCCGUUGCCAACGCACUCUGCAUCAUGUCAUUGAUAACAUCGAUUUACGCUGUCAUCGGCACCAAUCUCUUCUCACAUGACCAACCUGAGUUCUUCGGCACUUUCAUGCGCUCCAUGUUCACUAUGUAUCAAGUUGCCACCGGCGACGCGUGGGGGUCGAUUAUCUCGAGAUCUCUCUUCAACUACGACCUGGCUCAUCAAUCCCACGACUUUGGGGUCGGCUUCUUCUUCGUCUCCUACAUGCUCCUAGUUGGACUCGUCCUCAUGAACAUCGUCGUUGCUGUCCUCCUGGACGAGUUCAUCACCAUGGUGGAACGAGAGCGCGAGGAGGCGAGGGCAAAGUUUCAGUCGGAAACGAUGAAGCAGCUUCACAUCGACGACCUCGCAGGACCACUCGACCCUCUUCUCCCUAGCCUCAUGACCUUCACCACCUCCGAGGACCUCACCAACCGCAUCAGCAACCUCUACCAGAGGCUUGACUUGGAUGAAAAUGGUUCGCUCAGUUUCAAGGAGUUCCAACAGGGUCUAGCUCGCCUCAAGCUGAAGAAGAACAUCCGACUGUCCCUCGAGGACUUCGAGGCUCUCACCUUUGACAGGUCCCUCCUCGAUGACGACGGCGAGCUGACGCCCAAGGCCUUCGAGGCCAUGAUACGCUUCCAGCUCGACGAGUACGCGCGUAGGAAGGUGGGUGAGGCGCUGGGAGGUGCCAUGAUCUCUCAGAUCUCUCUGGUGGAGGACGACUGGCUGCGGCAGCUCCUCCUCGCCGCUCACACCAACAUCGCGUCGCUGGAUCAGAUCAGGUCGCAGAUCAUGCCGCAGGUGUUCUCGAACUCCAGGAAGUCGGAGUCGCGCAAGCAGAUCCUCACUCGGCUCUUUCGCUCCUCCGUCUACUUCGCGUUCCGCGAGUGGAAGCGACUCGCAGCUGACGGCGGAGCGCGGUCGGUCUCCUCCGGCAACGUAGAUGACGCAAAGGCGCUGUGGUCAGAGCUCAAGGGGCAGCAGCAGCGGCUGGACGACAUGGACAGCAAGCUUGACCGCAUCCUGUCCCUCUUCCACGACGGAGAAGCGCACAAGAACGGCAAGAAGAAGGCUUCAGUUGGCUGUACCGUGUCCCGAGGUGGGAAAGUCACGUGCAUGGGCACAGACUGCGAAACGAUUUUCGUGCGUUCCUCGUCGAGAACCCGAGGAGCUCAUAGCCCUUUGAAGGACAUGGAGCAGUCGGACGCCGAUGAUUGCUCGUCUCCUCCUCAGCGCCCUUACGCCGCCAAGCUGGAGCUCUACAGAAGCCUCAGCUACAACACGUUAGACCACAACCGCAGCAUCCCUCAGUCCCCCGUUCCUGGUCGGCCCGUCAGAAGCCUGGUCGUGAAGCUGCCGUGGACCAGCGUGUUAUCGAGCCUUGCCACGAGGAGGCAGCAGGUGCAACUAGACGCGCCGCGCAUGGAGGGACGAGUGGUCCUUGCGGACGAGGAGCACGUCUAUCUCGUUCUGACUGGAGGAAGUGCCUCGAUCCUGGGGAGCGGUCGGCACUCACGGAACAGCUCGCCCUCUCUAGAGGCGUCCGAGCAGCGCUCCUCCUCCUCCUUCCCGAAGCAAAUCAGGCCUGGGAGGCAUGUCCAGCAGGGAGCCGUUGACGCGUCGAUCGUGGAAGUGGAAGGAGGCGAGCUGGAGGUGAAGACCAAGGCAGGAGAGAUCUUCAAGUUGCACGAGGACGCGCUCAUAGCGCUUGUGACUGCGGUCCCCGCCGGCAUGGCGUCCGCCGACUUGCCUGACCGUACGCUCACCACCGUGGCACUGACACACACGGCAGUCAUGAUGAAAGUUGCGAUACAGAUUCACCCGUUCUCGACCAUGAAGACCGCACGAUCGGCGAGCUUGUGCGACCUCCGAGAGCUCUUGGAUGUCAAUGGCGAUGGUCAACUCUCCUUUGAGGAGCUGUCAGACGCUAUGUGCGACGGCAGAGUCUCUCUGCCUCUUGACAAGAGGUGCAUCAUGAAGGGAACGCUGGAGAAGAAGAUCCUCAGGUCUGUCGCGUGCUCUUUAUGCUCCCCCAACUACCUCUCACGACGUGCCGUCAACAGCAUCAUGGUCUCGUGGAACCCCAGGAACGUCGUGAUGACGAGCGAGUUUCUGCUCUUCGCGUACAUCGACUCCAACACGGCAGUGGACAUCAUACCUCUCAACGAGAUCAUGUGCCUCAUCGGCUCUCACGGAGAAGACAAGGCUGCUUCAUCCUCCGCUGCAGACGACUUCCUAACCUUUGUCAUAGUCACCUCCCCCGAUGGUUACAACGCAGGGAAGAAGUAUGUGCUACGAGCGCAGUCGGACGAGGAGUACAGCAAGUGGCUGGAGCUGAUGGAGCAGGCGAUCGCGGACUCCAAGAGGAGGAAGGAGCAGGAGCUGCUCGAGAUCAAGUCGGGCGGAAGCAGGCUUGCCAAGUUCAGGACCCGGGCGUUCGACUUUUACCACUCCAGAAAGAUGCAGCUGGUGAUCGCCGCUAUCAUCCUCGCUUCCUUCGCCACCGCCCUGUUCGAGGCGCAGGUCCUCCCGGAGGAUGGGACUGAAGGAUCGCGCAUCUUCGAGGACAUCACUCUCUCCUUCACAGCGAUCUUCUCUAUCGAGCUGCUCUUCAACCUUUUCGUCCACUCCGAGGACCGGUUCCUCCCCUUCUGCAGUGACCCGUGGAACCUCCUCGACGUCUGCGUCGUCGUUGUCCUCCUCUCCUCUCUCAUCAUCACCAACAGGCUCUUGUCCCUCCUGCGGCUGAUCCGCGUGCUCCGUGUUGGCCGCCUGUUCCGGUACUUCAAGGCCCUCAGCAGGAUCGUCAAGGCCCUGAGCUCUGCCACCCUCCCCGUCAUCAACUGUUUUCUCAUCCUCCUCCUCCUCGCCUGCGUGUACGCCACUGUUGCUACCUACCUCUUCCGCGACCUCCAGCCUCAGUUCUUCGGCACGUUCCUCAACUCUCUCUUCACCAUGUUCCAGGUCAUCACCGGCGACAGCUGGGCAAGUGCCGUCACCCGCUCUCUCUUCGAGCCCGACCCCAACGGGAGGAUCAAUUACGGCAUCGCCUUCUUCUUCGUCAGCUUCGUCCUACUCGGGACCAUCGUCAUGGUCAACGUCGUCGUCGCCGUCCUCCUUGACGAGUUCAUCUCGUUCGUGACCAAGGAGAAGGAGGAGAUCGCAAGGGUGGAGGCGGAGGAGCGGGAGGAGAAGUCGCAGGCUUCCCGCAUCACGGGGGUCCUCGACUCCCUGACGCAGACUCUAGCUCACUUCACUGGGACUGCCGACCUGACGCACAAGAUCGACCAGUGCUACGAGCGGCUCGACAUCGACAAGUCCGGGGGCCUUAGCUUCAAGGAGUUCCAGAGCGCGAUCAAGACUCUGCCGCUGAAGCGCGCGAUCCAGCUGACUGAGGAUGACUUUGACAUCAUAACGGAGAACGGGAGGUUCCUCAACGAGGAGAGGGAGUUCGGCCGCGAGCAGUUCCAGCUGAUGAUGAAGGGCGAGCUCAACAGGUUCGCGCAGAGGGCUCUAGAGAAUGCCCUGCUGGAGUCGGACAGCAAGGACAUCCAGUCCAUCGUGCUCGUCCUGAAGCUGCUCGACAUGAAGAUCGACAGCAUGUCGGGGAACUUGCAGAAGAUGUUGGACAAGGACAAGAGGCAAGAGGAUCGCGAUGAAGAUGGCGAGAUGGCGGCAGAGGUGGCGGCAGAGAGCAAGAACGUCAAGUUUCAGCACGCCGAGCCGAAGUUCGACACUGCAAGGGGCUCGAGUCCUAAUAUGGCGAUCAAGUCGAUGCACAAGAACAUCAAGAAACUUGAGAAAGAUUUUCAGUCCGUGAACGAGAAGCUUGAGAUACUUUUGAAUCAGAAGAACAGAAAGAAAGAGUCCGAUCGCGCUCGUGCCGCCGUUAGCUCAACUAUCUUCCCCGCUACCCUCGAGGUUGUUAACUUCUGCCGUCAUGUCAUUCCAGUCAUCUUUUCUCUGUCAGCGAAGAAGCUCUGCGGCGGAGUUGCGAGGCCGAGACGAGUUUGUUGA